UGUACUUCAUGGACAAGGCACAGGUGUUGUAUGGCCUAGAGGAGGAAGGUAAAGAGAAGAGUGAUGACUCUCGGCCGUUACUAGGGGACAAUGUUCCCACGUCAGAGAGGGCAUUCUGGGAUAUCUUUGGAGGCAGCAAACUACAAAACAGAGGUUUUAUGGUACACCAAAAGUUGAACAGCACGUCCAAACCAUCACUCUCUCUACUCAGUGCCCCUCCCCACGUCCUCCCCCCAAUGCCCUCCCUCUGUCUCCCGUUCCUCCAGUCACUGUUACCACAUCGGCAGGGGUCUAAAGGUCACCUUGAUGAAGACAUGGCCGAGAGUGAGGUCGGAGAUCUGAGUUCAGAGGACGAAGGUCAGCCAGAAGUGGGUGUGGCCUCUAGUAAAGCUAGCAAUGUGAUGGAAGUGGACAUUGAGUGUAGAGACUUAGAGGUCAAGAACUAUGACUGGCUAGUAGAGCAUUUCAGAAUAAUGUGAUAUUCGAUAUUUUUUGUGAACCAAGCAUUCUUGACAAUACCAGGAGCAGAUUACAGAACCUCUUAACAAUACAUGUACACAAUACAUGUACAUGUAUAUGC